CGAAACGUCGCUUAUUGUACAUUCUAGUUGUUUUUAUUGUUACUUUAAAGCCACGGUGUGAUUGACGACUGUGUGUUGAGGUCUUUAAUGUUUAAUAGCGAUCGUAAGGAGGUCGAUGCGGAAGCGGAAGUGGACAGUACUCACAACAACGUGCGUAACACGUGGCCGCCGGCAACACGUGCUCGAGUGAUUGGUGGUGGUGGUGGCACUUGCUGCCUUAAUUGAUUUGGUGGGUGGGUGGGUGAGGUGUGGACAGGGUAGUGGCGGCGAUUGCUUGACCGCUUAAUUCUCUCGUACAAAAGUUAUCGAUCGAUCGGCUUGUACGACUGUAGUAGCGAUGGACCUUUCGCCCAGAGAUGGAGCGCGUUUUCGUGAGCGCUCCUACUGGGACGAACGCUACUCGAACGGCGAGGAGGUGGUGGUGAAGGAGGGCGAGCAACGUGAGUGGUUCGGAGCUUACGCGGCACUCAAAGAAGCGCUACCCGAAGAUCUUGACCGGAGCGGAGCCAUCCUGGAGCUAGGUUGUGGAUCGAGCCGUCUCAGCUCCGACCUCCUGGCCGACGGCUUCGCCUGCGUCACGGCCGCCGACUUCUCCCCGGCGUGCCUGGCGGCCGCGUCGGCGGCGGCCACGGCUCGGCGGCCCCCGGCGGCCCCCCGGCCGCUGUGGCUGGCGCUGGACGCGCGGAGGCUGCCCCUGCGGGCGGCGCUGUUCGACGCGGUCAUCGAGAAGGGCAUGCUGGACGCGCUGCUGGCGGGCGAGCGCGACCCCUGGCGCGUGUCGAAGGCGGCGCGGCGGCAGGUGGGCCUCGUGCUCGACGAGGUGUCGCGCGUCCUGCGCCCGGGCGGCCACUUCGUGUCGGUGACGUUCGCCCACCCGCAUGUGCGCUCGCCGCUGUACGCGCGGCGCCGCUACGGAUGGCGCGUGCGGCACCGCACGUACGGGGAGACCUUCCACUACCACGUGUACGUGAUGACGAGGGGCCACGGCGAGCCGCCCGGAGAUGAUGACGACGACGACGAUGAAGACGAAGAUGAUGAGGAUGAUGAUGCGGCUCCGCCCGUCAUGCUUGAGUACGACGAGCGAGAAGACUUCCUCAACGCCAUCGAUCUGUCAACGUUCCUUUGACCUUCGUUGACCCUUUGGCCGGUCCCACAACAGCGCGCAAGUUUUUAGGAGGUCGCGUUGGCAAGGUCGCCGAGUGCGAGCUCCACGUGGAUAUUUACACUCGCGCUCGGUUCACUUUGCAAGCGAAAGGGAAAAUAUCACUCGAGAUGUUUCGUGAAUGUUUGUCUUUUGGACUUCUUUCGCACCGUACGUAGCCAACGGCGCUAAUCGGAGGUGCGGUGCAAGGACAAUAAACUAACACAGGAAGGAAAUUAGUUUUUAAUCGGGCGACCUAACGUAUUCUCCAGUUUGGGGUGGCUGCGUCCGAUAUUGUGAAGAACGCAAGACGAGACUCAAAGUCUUCGGGAAAGACUUUGAGACUCGUCUUGCUGUUCGCAAUCGUCUUCCCGAAACACAUCUCAUCCAGCGUUUUAAAGCACCGUGUCCGUAACCAUCUCCUGGGAAGACGGCUCCCCGUUGCAGUGCCGUAUUCUCCCGAUGAUGAAGCAGGGGUUUUAAAUAAAAAAAUAAAAAUUCGCCACAAAGUUUGGAGUGCGUCUUACUCUCUGGAGCCUCUUGUAAUUUGCAGAUGAUGGUAGCUCUGCACCAGGGAAUUCCUCCUCCUCCAUCCAAGAGGUCUCUCUCCCCCUCUACUCCUCCUCCAUCCAAGGGUUCUCCCUGCUCCUCCACGCAGAGCAGAGGGCCUUCCCGCCUCAUCCUCCACGCAGGGAAUCUCCCUCUCAGGGGAGUACCCACACUUUACCCCUCCACACGUGGGCCUGCCGAUAAUUAUCUCGGAGAGAUUUAUGUGAAAUCAACAUUUCAACGAAUGCCCGGAACUUCCUCGCCUGAUAUACAGGAAGUCGUGGGUUCGAUCCUGACCCUGACGCCUGCUGUAUAUGUGGAGUUUGCAUGCCUCUCUCCGUGGUGAGAUGUUAACUACCUCGCAUGGUAUUCAGGAGGUCGUGGGUUCGAUCCUGACCCUGAUGCCUGCUGUAUAUGUGGAGUUUGCAUGCCUCUCUCUCCAUGGUGAGAUGUUAACUACCUCGCCUGGUAUUCAGGAGGUCGUGAGUUCGAUCCUGACCCUGACGCCUGCUGUAUAUGUGGAAUUUGCAUGCCUCUCUCCGUGGUGAGAUGUUAACUACCUCGCAUGGUAUUCAGGAGGUCGUGGGUUCGAUCCUGACCCUGAUGCCUGCUGUAUAUGUGGAAUUUGCAUGCCUCUCUCCGUGGUGAAAUGUUAACUACCUCGCCUGGUAUUCAGCAGGUCGUAGGUUCCAUUCUGACUCUGACGCCUGCUGUAUAUCCCCUUGGUUGCAUCGAUUUUUUUCCAGGUCCUCCGGUUUUUCCCUCCACAUUUAGAAUGAACAUCAUGAUUAUUAAUGAGGGGCGGGUCCAUGUGGAGGACGUAACCUGUUCAUGAUUAUUAAUGUGGGGGGGGGCUGGUCGACGUGAGAGUGACGUCACGCGCGUUACACACUGACAUUCUUGGGUAAAUAUAGCAACAAGUGAUAAACAAACAAUAGACGAAGGAGGUCCCAUGAUGUAGCUUGCUCACCCUGAGCUCUCAUUACUCUGGUAGUGCGUUGUCUUUGAACUGUGCGCCUUUUGGCGUCAUCUGGUCGAACACCAUAUGAGACUAGGCUCUAAAGAAAGCUGUCUCUGGUGUGGACCAAUCCGUUUCAAAUACUAUGCAUAAAUUAUCAGAGUAUUGUUUUUUGUUUGCAUUUGACUGCAAGUAUUGUGGUUAAUGUAAGCAUGAUUCCUUGCAAACGGUGUCAGUUUUUGUUGCCAGAAAAAAGGGGAAAACCCCUAUUAGUAUAUUUUGGUACUGGCAAAGGAGGUCCCAUGAUG